AAACCGCCGAUCGGCGAAUCGUUCCGGAACCCGAAUGUAUUCCGGAGGUGAUGAGGUCGAACUGGCGUCCCGCAAGCGGCGGUGGUAGUUUAUAUUGCAUCGAUGCCACGCAUGCAACUUCGUUUUGUGGAACGAAUUUGGUUCGAAUGAAAACAGAGGUUGAUUUCGGGUUUCCUUUGCCAACCUGAACUCAAAAGGCGGAAUUUUGUUGGCGCUAUUUCGCGCGGGCGGCAGAGACGUUGGGGCGCCGGUGCUGCGGGGGGUGAACGGGCGCCGCUUCCGCUCGGCGGCGCCGCCAUAUUGAAGGGGGAGCGGACACGGAGAGAGCGGAGGGAGGGAGCGGCCGUGUGUGUCCGUGUCCUGUUACCCCGGGCCCCACCCGCCCCGACACGGCCUGACCCGGCCCGACAAACACACACAGACACACAGGCAGGCAGCUGCAGCCAUGGCCACCCGCUCGGAGCGAGAGAAAUCGCAGAAGCAGAACGAGCAGCACCAGACCAUCCUGUCCAAGCUGCUGCGGGAGGAGGACAACAAGUACUGCGCCGACUGCGAGGCCAAAGGUCCAAGAUGGGCUUCUUGGAAUCUUGGCGUAUUUGUUUGUAUCCGCUGUGCAGGGAUCCACCGUAAUCUUGGUGUUCAUAUAUCACGAGUUAAGUCUGUAAACUUGGAUCAAUGGACACCAGAACAAAUCCAGUGUAUGCAAGAUAUGGGAAAUACCAAGGCUCAACUUCUGUAUGAAGCAAACCUUCCUGAACAUUUCCGGCGCCCUCAAACUGACCAAGCUGUAGAGUUUUUCAUCAGAGACAAGUAUGAAAAGAAGAAAUACAUUGAUAAAAAUGUAAACAACGGCGUAACGAUAACCUCUGCUGUGCCCUUGCCAUCAUCUCCCUCUUUAUCAAAUGCUGCUGAGAAGAGCAAACUGGAGAGAGAAAAGUACAAAAGGAAAGAUGAAAAGAGGGGAGGCAAAGAUCAAGAGAAACCUGUUGCUUAUGACAAAGUAAAAAUGUCACCUCCCCAUUCCAUAGGGCUACCUCCAAGCAUUCUUAGCCUAACUGGAGAAGAAUUUCCUGCUGAGAAAGAAAGCAUUGUUACUGCAACUUGUAAGAAAGAUCAAUUCGACACCAGAGCAAGCCCUCAGAAGGUGACACAAUCCACCGUUGAUCUGUUAGGUUUGGAUACACCCAUAGAAGCUCCUAUUUCCAAUGGCAGUACCACUUCAAAUAUAACCUUGAAUGAUGACCUUGAUAUUUUUGGCCCUAUGGUUUCUAAUCCUCUUCCAACGUCGGAUGCACAGUUGCAUCAGCCUACUUCUACGAAACCAACAGGAUCAACCUUAUCUGUAGCAGCAGGAGAUCUUGAUCUGUUCAUUGAACCAACCACAAAAUCAGAAGACUCUAAGAAACCACUGUCCAAGGAUUCAAUUUUAUCAUUAUAUGGUACAGGAACAAUGCUGCAGCAGCAGCAGCAACAAGGCACUCCAGCUACGGUGUUCAUGGCACCUUCUCCCAUGCCCUUUGUCUCGCACUCUACUGCCAGCUAUCCUAAUUUCCCAACUCUGCCAGCUGCCACUGGCAUGAUGGGCAAUAUGAUGGGACAGUCGGUUGGAAUGAUGGGGCAGCCAGCAGGAAUGGUGGUUGGCAUUGGAAUGCCAAAUGGAUUCAUGGGCAAUGCACAAUCCGGUGUCAUCAGAGUCCCGGAGAACAUGGUGGGUCCCCAAGGAGGUGUGGUAGGAAAUUCGUACGGUGUCCAACCAAGCCAGCAACCACAGUGGAACUUUGGUCAGAUGAAUCAGCAAAUGGCGGGAAUGAAUAUAAGUUGCCCGAGUGGUAUGAUGGGCUUCAGCCAGCCUGCGAGCACAAUGGGUGGAUGGACAAGCAGUCCUGCGGGCCAGACUCUCAGCACUCAGCUGUGGAAAUGAAGGGAGAUGAGAGCUGAUGUGCCCCACCUGAUAUGAUAAAACAUUUCCGAAUUGCAUAACAGACUUAUUAUUUGAUCUAUGUGAAAGAAAGCUCUGGUUUGACUAGUUGACCUAGUUGAUCUAGAUCAUUCCUGGCAGUCUUGUCUAUUCAGUCUAAUGACGUGAUUUCCUGGUUAAGCUGUGGAAGAGCAGUUUCAGAACUACUUCCCCCAUGCAUCUUUUCUGAACUCUGCAGGCUGUCUGAGCGGUUUAUAAUAACUUGUGAUGAUGUUGUUGCGUGACUUGUAGCUAGUACUAUUACAGCUAGGCAAGGGGGGGAAGCGAACUGUCAUUUUACCAACCACCCUGCAAGAGUCCAGUGCCCUCCGGAUAAACGUCGAAAGUCCCUGUAGAUGAAGUUGUAUGAGCCAAUGUAUGUUCAAUAACAAAGCGUCUGUGUUACAAAGCUGUUCCAGGAGUACCAUCCACAUUCUGUCUUUGUCCCAACCAUUGAUUUUUUUUGAUAUUUUAAAGUGGAGCAAAUAAAAGAAAGCAAAGUUAUCGAACAAUAAAUCUGGAUGGUAGAGGCAAUGAUUGGGUUUAGAUCCUAGGGUGGUUUUAGAUCCCAAUGGUUGGGUUUAGAUCCUAGGGAUUGGAAACAACUCAGGUUUGAAUAUUUUUACUCCUUGCUAUUCCAGAGAUCACUAAACCAUGUGGAUUGAUUUGUGUGCAAAUGUUAUUUCUGUACAGAAAACUCCUCGCCCCUACAACUGAGUUAUAUGCAUCUCCUUUUUAAAAAGGUUAUCAUUAGAUUGCCUUAAAUGCUAACAGUCAAAGCAGUGCUAGUAUUAAAGCACAAAAUUACACUUCAAACCUGAUUUGUUAUUUUAACUACUUGCAUGAUACAGACAAAUAGGUAACGGAUAACCUAAAGUAUCCGUUACAAAUCAACUUUAACAAAGCUGAAAUUCUCACCUGUUUCAAAGAAAAGUUCAAUGUUAUUACUAGGAGGUUGCAAUACUAUGAUAAAUUUCCAACUGUUGGCUCUUUCAAGAACUGAGCAGCCUAUACAGGUUUAGCGAUGUGAUUAACAGUAAUUUAAUUUAGACUGUCGUCAUGAACUAUUCACCACAUACAAUGCAAAUAUAUAUAUGAUAUCGCGCUUGCUCAAAUGAUAUUGAGAAUCUAACAUUUUAAAUUUCAAACUAUUUGACCCAAUUGUGACAAUGUCUAUUGAUGUUUUAAAUGGCUGAUGAAAGGAAUAUGUUUACAGUAUUUUAUUCCUGUUUUAUGAUGCCCUUUUUCACCACAGUAACGUAAAUGAGGAACUUCUCAAAGAGGUGACCCUAACUUAGUAGAUAAUGAUACAGCAACAAACACUUGGGAGCAGAAUUGUAUUUCUGAGCUCACCAACCUGUGGUGUGAUGUUCAUCUUCCUUGAAAGACAGAAGAUACCAACCAGGCUGAUGGACACAGAUUUCAAAUAGUGGACUUUUUAUUUUUAAACAGUCCCAAUUCACAAAUUAUCAAUGUAUGUAACAGUUAUUUAUAGUUUUUAAAACUAUUGUGGUAUAUAAUGUUUAAACAUCUAUUGUAAUAGGACUGAUUUCUUUUGAAGCUGAGUAUUAUAGCUUUGUUAAAUAAUAACUGUUGUAUUGUAACAGAUACUUAAAGUGAAAAGUUACAAGUUUAAUGCACCAGAUGUGAGUGAUAACUAACUGUGUAGCACUUCUCAAGACAUUUAAUUUCUCUAUAGAGCUACUUCCAGGUUUAUUGCUGCAGCGGUGUUUACAUUUUAUGGUGCCUAGUAUAACAAAUAUGUUAUUUACAUGUAUCAAAUCAAUUAAACCACUAUCUAUUGUG